AUGCAUGAAACGUGUUGAUCAUCUAGAAAUGAUUAAUUUAAUCGUUGAUCAUGUGAUAAUCUGAAUUAUUUCAUCCGAUUAUUUAAUACAUAUUGCGAUAGAGUUUUUGAUGGUUGAAUAAAUGAGAGAUGAUUAGAAAUAGCUUUACCCUUUGACUGAGCCGAAUAAAUAGGACGUCAGCGUGGGCCUGGCAAUUAGAAACAGAAUUGAAGUUGCUGAAACGCAUUCAGCAGAAUUAUCCGAAAGAUAUCAACGAUAAAUAAAUAAAUACCUGAAGUUUUUCGUGUUAUCAUGAGUUUGUGGAGCUCUCGGCACUCACGAUCCCUCAUUUCAAUUCUUCUGAUGCCGACCGAGUGCAUUGCAAACCCGUUGCAGCGGGAGCUUGCAGACUCAAUAAUUCGCAUGCAAUCACUGGACGAGAUAAGAAUUCUCCUUGCUUGUGGUGCUAAACCAAACGAUGCAGUCACCCAGGGAUUGAGGCCACUUCACUAUGCUAUUUGGCAGAAAUAUGCUGAUGCAGCACAGCUGCUUAUCGUACGUGGUGCUGAUAUCGAUGCAACGGACGAAUGCGGAUACUCUGCACUGCAUCUCGCUGCUGAGCACGGCUACCUGGAUCUCGUCAAGCUCCUGAUCAAGGCUGGAGCCAAGGUGGAUCACCGAGAAGACACCGGAGAACUUUUUCCAAGAACAAUGCUGUGUGAUGAGCCUCUUCGCCUUGCCCUGCGAAAUCGUCACAUAGAAGUGGCCCGAACACUCCUGGAAGCUGGCGCAAAUCCAAACAAGCGUUAUUUCUUCGGUUCGGAAAUAAAUUUAGUAUCUCCACUGGAUCUGGACUGCAUGGAGUUGUUGCUGGCAUUUGGAGCACAGCCGAAUACGAGAGAUCGUGCUGGUCUCACACCACUGAUGAAGGCCGCAAGAUUACCGCAAGGUAUCGCAUCGGUUCUACUCCUGCUGAGCUACGGUGCGGAUGUCAAUGCAAUGGCUGAUGCCAGACACGACUACAGGACUGUUCUUCAUUAUGCCAUUCUUGGUGGUGAUAUCACUGUCAUUAAUCUGCUAUUGAAACAAGGCGCGAGAUUAGAUCUGGGACCUGAUUAUCAAAAACCAACGGCCCUGGACCUUGCUAUUCUCAAAGGAGAUCCUGUAAUCGUAGAAAUGCUCCUUCAAGCAGGUGCGGAUGUGAAUGCCUCAUCUCCCAUAAUAGGUUCUCCUCUGCAUGUGGCAUGUGCAGACAACAUCCCGAAUCGUCUGGAGGUGCUGAUGAUGCUGCUGGAGCGAGGAGCAGAUCCAAAUCUGGUUAUCAGGAGUGAUGAGGGCCCAGCACUGCGUCCUGUCCUCGCGGAGUACGUGGCAUCCAACGAGAAUCCCUCGGUGGAGGUAGUGAGCCUUCUCCUCAAGUAUGGAGCGCGUGUUGUCAUCAAGACACAAUUCCGGGAUCCCCAUGGGAUAUUGAAUUCCCUCCAGAAUACUGCGGACAAACCUCGACUGCUGAGGGCUCUUCUUGAAGCCGCUGAGAGCUUCGAUCCCUGCAUGAUCAGACGCUCCAGCAGUUUAACCGACGCCCAGAGAGCUCUCGUCAUGGAGGCAGCCAGGACUCCUCUACCUCUCACCCAUCAGUGUCGGCUGAUUGUCCGGAAAAUUUGUGGAACCAAAUUACCUAAAGUCGUCAGGACUCUUCAGCUGCCUCUCUCGUUACAUCGCUAUCUUCUUUAUGAUUUUUACUAGCAUUAAAUGAUGUUUGGUAUGAUUUAUUGUUGUAGGCGAAACGGUUUUACUUCUCCAUAGAUUGUGAUAACGAUGCAAGAUUCAUAUUUUUAGACAUUGUUUUUUUCUUUGGGUAUUAGUUAAUGUUGUGAGGCGGAGAGAAAUUCAAUUGAUUUUGAGAAGCAACUCCGGAUUCAGGGGAUGUUAUGAAAAUUUUAAAUUGAAUUUUUUUUCCUCUCAGAAUAAUUUACAGUGUUGAUGGAUGAUUGGUAAAAACUGUUAUAAUGAAGGGAUCUCAAAUCGCUCUGACGAUCCGAUCGUCGUAAUCGAUUAUAUAUUUCUGAUAUUUAAUUUUUUACCUUUGUAUAAUUGUUGAGGACUUAUUGAUGAUGAAUAAAAACGAAAUGAUGAACAA